GCCGCCUGGGGAGCCGGCGCCAUGGCGGGCGGGGGCAGCGCCGGGGAGUGGUGCCUCAUGGAGAGCGACCCGGGCGUCUUCACGGAGCUCAUCAAGGGCUUUGGUUGCAGAGGAGCACAAGUUGAAGAAAUAUGGAGUUUGGAGCCUGAGAACUUUGAAAAAUUGAAACCAGUACAUGGGCUGAUCUUCCUUUUCAAGUGGCAGCCAGGAGAAGAACCAGCAGGCUCUGUUGUUCAGGAUUCCAGAUUGGAUACAAUAUUUUUUGCUAAGCAGGUUAUAAAUAAUGCUUGUGCUACUCAAGCCAUAGUAAGUGUGCUAUUAAACUGUACCCAUCAAGAUAUCCAUCUGGGAGAGACACUAUCAGAAUUUAAAGAAUUUUCACAAAGUUUUGAUGCAGCGAUGAAGGGUUUGGCACUAAGCAACUCUGAAGUGAUUCGGCAGGUUCACAACAGUUUUGCCAGACAACAGAUGUUUGAGUUCGAUGCAAAGUCUUCAGCAAAAGAAGAAGAUGCAUUUCACUUCGUAAGCUAUGUUCCUGUUAAUGGAAGGUUGUAUGAGCUAGAUGGACUUAGGGAAGGGCCAAUUGAUUUAGGUGCAUGCAAUCAAGAUGACUGGAUCAGUGCUGUAAGACCUGUCAUAGAGAAACGAAUACAAAAAUAUAGUGAAGGUGAGAUAAGGUUUAACCUAAUGGCCAUUGUGUCAGACAGAAAAAUGAUAUAUGAACAGAAGAUAGCAGAAUUACAGCGGCAACUUGCAGAGGAGGAGCCCAUGGAUACAGACCAGAGUAGUAAUAUGCUGAGUUCUAUUCAGUCAGAAGUUGCAAAAUACCAGAUGCUAAUUGAUGAAGAGAACCAAAAAUUAAAAAGAUACAAGAUUGAAAAUAUUAGAAGAAAACAUAAUUACUUGCCUUUCAUCAUGGAAUUGUUAAAGACUUUAGCAGAACACCAACAGUUAAUACCACUAGUAGAAAAGCUGCCUGAUCCAAUACCAAAUGGGUAUAGCAGAUGACCUUGCUUGGGCAAAAGAAAAACAGAAUGCCAAGAAAGCUCAGGAGGCCAAGUGAAGAUAAUUUUGGAAAAAUACAUAAAACAAUGUGCUUAUACUGUUUUCAGGACAACAAAUAAGACUGCGAGGCUUUUCAUAAACUUCAGAUAUGUCCAGCGCACGUUUGACAGUUGUAACAGUUUGUCUUGUACUGUAUUCAUGGGCCUAUAAAUACUUCUUCCCUUGCAUCAUGUGCAUGUGUACCUACUAAAUAAUGUCUAUAUUCUCUUGAUCAAACUUCAUUAUUUGACAGUUGCAUCUGAUUUCUCAUGGCUUCUUGGGAAAUAGAACUGCCAGUGUUAUAGACCUAAAAAUGUGCAAAAUAAUGUAUUCAUACCUUCUAAUUUUUUUUCUAACAAAAUAUUUUCAAUAUCUUGUCCCAUGGUAAGGACUUGGAUAUAUAAUGAUACAGAGAGUGUCAGCAAUUCAAAAUAAUGGUUGAGCUUUCUCUGCUCAUCACCACUAACAGUUAUAAUAGUCUCUGUCUGUUCAGCGACUUCCCUUGUGUUUUUGGUUUUUAUGAACAUUGUCUGAUUUUUUUUUUUUUUUUUUUCUUUUUUUAUAGAGUUGAAAAGUAUGAAUUAAGCUAUGGAAACAUUUGCAAAGACCAAUGUAUAAUCUCAAAAGAUCUGCAUUGCUUUAGUAGAAAAGAUAAUAAAUAUUCCCAUUUUUAUUUUGGCAAACUUUCUUCAGGUUGUGUUUUGCAGCUUUAUUAUAGGACAAUGUGACAACUUUUGGCAUAGGAAGUAUUGGCUGCUUGAAUGGAGCAUUGCAAGUUUGAUGUAAUGAAGUUCACAGUAUUUUUGAAGAGGCAUUACAAAUAUUAUUUAUUUAAUAGUCUGUUAAUUUUAACUUUUUCAACCUAUACUUUGACAGACUUUUUCCCCCUCAAAAACAGAAUUAAUCAAAGACUUGAAAAUACCAAAUUUUUUUUAAUGGCAGACACAAAUCUUGGGAAGCAGAUUUAAGAGCAGGUUAAAUAGACACUUGACUCGGGUAAUUUUUGUUAGGGAUAAUCUUGCCUUGAGUAGGAGAACAAAUUAGAUCAGUGAUUCUCAACCAUGGCACCUUGAGGUGCCUUGAUACCCUUUGAAGGAUGCCAUGGGGUACCACACAGUGUUAGCAUUGUUUAGGUAUGUGAAAAUUCAUAAAAUUAAAACCAGAGACUUAAAAUAAGAAUCCACAGAGUUCAAAAUAUGCUGACCUGCUGUGGUCUACCUUCCAACAGAAGAAUUCCUCUAUUUUUUUCUGUAGUCAAAAAUGGAGUGAAAACUUAAGAGCUGGCAUUUUCAAGGCUAGUAAAGGGUGUCUUGAGUCUAAAAAGUUUGAGAUCCACUGGACUAGAUAGAUCUGAAACUUGGCACUCCUGAAGUCCCUUCCAGCCUAAAUAUUCUGUCUGAGAAAAAUAGCCAUCAGCUUGUUGUUCAUACUGAAAUUAUUAUCUUUGUUAGUAAAAUAACAGGUCUGCUUAAAAUGGCUUAAGGUGUUUAUACUACAGUAAAAUCCUUGUUACCUGGCAUUUAAAUAACCAGAAUACUUCACUAACUGGAAUUUCUGGCCGGCCAGAUGCAGGGAGAGGGUCAGGGAAAGCUCGCACAUGGUCACUGCUGCUGCCACACCUCACUCUGUGCUGCUGCCGCUCCGCAUAUGGCCUCUGCCCUCUCUUCCCCCCGCCUGCCACUGGCUGGCCCCCCGGGGGGGGGGGGG